AUGCUUCCAAUCACGACCUGCUUUGUUGCAGGACUUCAAUAUUUAAUUCAUCCUUUAAAAUUAGGGACCAUCCAAGAGACCAUCAACCCGGACGCUCUCAUCCCAGUCACGCUACUCACCACUGAGGAACUGUUUGGCGAUCUGGAAGGUAUUCUUGAUCUAUUCGACUCCUACGAUGAUGUUUUUGUUCCCGACUUUGGAUCUAUUCUGGUGGAAAAGACAGGAGACAACAGCAGUCAGGUCCGGGGUAAUGCACGACAAGUCUAUCACAUGGAUCAGGUCAAAGCUUUAGAUGGCUUCUCCGAGUUACCGUCCGGUCCGUACUUUCUCUACGGUCCGAAUCUUCACCAGGCCUGGCGGUUGUACGAUGACGAAUUAGGAGCAUUUACGUUCGGCAUCGUACCUGAUGAUCUUGGCAAGCCGGAUGAGUUUCAACCUCUUACUUCGUCUUCUGUUCUGGGAGACUCGGUCACAGUCCCUGUACCUUCACGGCUCUACCAUCCUCGGCCUUCUCCAAAGAAACCCUUCUCUGGCAUGCGUGUUUCUAUAAGUGACACAAUAUCUGUGAAAGGCACCCAUACUACCUUUUCCAGUCGCGCAUGGAAAUCCCUCUACAAGGAAGCCUCGAGCAAUACCGCCAAAUAUGCCCAGAAUCUACUUGAUCAAGGUGCUGUCAUCAUUGGAAAGACUAAAACCUCGCAGUUUGGUACAGGUGCAGAAUGGAUUGAUCAGCAAGCCCCUUGGAGUGCGAGAGGUGAUGGAUAUAACAGUAUGAAGGGUGGUUCUGUCGGCGCCGCUGCAGCAUUAGUUGGGUAUCCGUGGCUAGACCAUAGUAUUGGAGUUGAUGACGGCAGAGUUGUAUCUGAGGACGGGGUCUACUCUCUUAGUCGACCUGCAAACCUAUCAACUGAUCAUGUAACUACGACAUCCAAAUACGACAAGACGAGGUUGUUUAGUCGGACUUUGAAAGGACUGUUAGACUUAACAGCAAGUCCCAAAGGCGAGCUACCAGAGAAUGUUUCUCUGACGAAGAUUGUUGUUCCGAUUGAUUUGAAUACACCCGACGAGACACAGGAAAAAGCCAUUGAUGAUUUUGUGUCUAUCUUGGAAGAUCAUCUUAAUGUCAAAGCUGAUCGCAUUGAUGUUGGUAAGGCUUGGAAGCGGAAUCCAGCUGAAGCAUCGAAAGAGACAAUGCAGACAUAUAUGAGCCAGGCGCCUUUCCGAUCAUGGUGUUACGAUUACUACCAUGCUUUUGAUGACUUCAGAGACGAAUACCGGAAGAGAUUCCACAAUGAACCGUUUGCAGAGGCUACGCCGCAAUACUUUUGGAACCAAUGCAAGACUGUUACAGAAGAAGAACACCGCAAAGAUACAGGUCGCAUUGAGAUAUACCGAAGAUGGUUCGAUGAGAACAUCCUAGGCAGUUCAACCCCCAAUGCCAAGAGCGCCAUUGUGAUUCUGCCGUGUGGCAAUCCUAAAGUUGAGCAUCGAAAUGAGCCUGUGGCUCCACCAGCCAUAUACAAAGGCAUUGAUCAUACGACUUUGGCACCGGUAUUGGGGGGAUCUGUUUUGUCAUUUCCAUUCACUCAGGUGCCCUACAAAUCUGCCAUCUCCGGGAAGACCGAGUAUAGGCCAGUGUGCAUCUCAGUCCUAAGUAUCCAAGGUAACGACCAACUGGUUAUUCAAUUAAUUCAGAAGGCCUUGGCGAAGAAACGAAUUCCUACCGAGGUGGAAAUUGGACGGUUCACGUUCCCAGUCAAAGAGGCAGACCUCAGUAGUCACUUACAGAGUCCCUUGCUGGUUCAGGAUUAA